UCUCUAUCUCCCUUCCCGCUAGCUACCCAAAUUUCAGAGAGGGGAGGGAAGAAAAGACAAUCACUAUGGGCAACAAAAAUGAAAGUUGAUGUAAUUACAAACCGAAUCGAUUGGUGACCUCCAUUUUCUUUAUCUUUCUGGUAAUCGUGGUUAUCAUUUCCUGCGUUUUAUUGCAUAAGCUAUAGAAGAAGAAGAAGAAAGGGCUAGUUAAUUAGUUCCGGGAGAACAAACAAAUCAAUCCCUCAUCCGUUUUCAAGAAUCCAAUGGCCGCUAUCGUGAUUUGUAGGCAUGUGGGCCAGUUAGGGUUUGGAAUCGGAAGAAACUCUAGACUCGGUUCUGCUCACAACCACAAUUUUCCUCUCAACAGGCGAAUUUCGGAGCUUGUUAAAGCCAAUGGAAAUCACGUCUUCCUCGUUGAUACUUUAGCCCUCGCCCGGAGGUUGGAGGCGAGAGGGCUCUCGUUGAACCAAGCCGAGGCGAUAACCGAUGCAAUCACCGACGUUUUGAAUGACAGCUUGGAGAAUGUGGCCCACUCUGUCGUAUCCAACACUGAGAUGCAGAAGAAGGAGAUGAUACAAGAAACGAGUCUGUGCAACUUCAAAUCCGAGAUCCAAAGCAAGCAGGAGCAUCAUUUUUCUUUGUUACAACACGAAGCGGAGAAGAUGGAGAAUAUGAUUGAGAAGACAACAGAGAAGAUGCAAAAUGACAUUGAGAAAACCCGUAUUGACCUCAGGCAUGAAAUCGAUAAGGUCAAUUCUGGGCAAAGAUUGGAUUGGAACCUUGAGAAAGGGAGGAUACGAGACGACCUAGCUCAGCGAAAAGCUGAAACCACUAAUCUGGAGAACAAACUUGAUAAAGAGACACAUGGUCUAAGGGCCCAACUUGAAGCAGCAAAGUAUGAUGUUACUAAGUACUUCAUUGCUACUUCCUUCUCUCUUUCUGCCGUUGGCCUUGCUGUGGUUCGCAUCUUCUUGUAAAAGCCUAGGACUACCCAAACCCACCACCACCGAAAUAAAUAAAUAAAUAAAGCAACACCCUAGCGUUUUUAAAUUUGUUUUUUUUGUAGCUAUUAAUUACUCUCACUUGUGUAGGCAAGGAGUUUUCAAAAUAUGUAAAUGACGAUGACUGCCAAU